AUAUUGUCCAGGUAAUCAAAUCAUAACAGCACCACUACGUUUUUGACCAUCAAUCAAACAAUACGUAGUUCAAACUAAUCAUCCCAUUUUAGAGAAAUAUCCAUCAACAAACAAGCAUUUAACUGACCUACGUUUGAAAGAUCAUUAUUUUAAUUUCUGCAUCAACGUGAUCAAUCCCUCCCCCCCCCAUUUUUUCAAUCUUAAAUAUCAACUAAUACAAUGUCUUCCUCAGUCCCAUAUGAUCCAUACAUCCCUAACCAGACUACUGGUGAUCAAUCGAAUUCUAGAACUGCUGCUAUACAAGCUCAAAUCGAUGAUACUGUUGGAAUUAUGAGAGAUAACAUCAACAAAGUCGCUGAAAGAGGUGAAAGAUUAGAUUCUAUAGAAAACAAGACUGACAAUUUGGCUAUCAGUGCACAAGGUUUUAGAAGAGGUGCCAACAGAGUUAGAAAAGAUAUGUGGUGGAAAGACUUUAAAAUGAGAAUGUGCCUCAUUUUUGGUAUAAUCAUUGUUAUUAUUGUGAUUGUCGUUCCAAUUGCUGUUCAUUUCAGUUAGGUGGUAUAACUAUCUGGUUGAUUUAAUUUUAUUCUUACUUCUAAUUUUGGAAAUUUGUUUUUCCAUUUAUUCAUCUUCUUUCUUGUUUUGUUCUAUUUUUUAUACUCUCAAUCAGGAAUAUACUAAGUGUUAUAAUAAAUGAAUAUAUACAUUCUCAUGGUUGUUAUUA